AUGAAGUUGUUGUCCGAAGACGAGUUGUUAGAUGAGAAAAGCUGGAAAAAACUAGCGAUGCACACGAGAUGCUCUCUGUGUCAUUGUCGCGGUUGGAAAUUAAUGUGUGAUAGCGAGAAUCCCUAUGUGAUAACCAGUGCUUUUCUUGAUGACGUUCUUUUCUCAACACCUUGCGAAACAUGCAAGCACUCUCUUGGAAGACAUUUAGACAGGUUACAAGAGAAGAAAAAAAAUGAUGUUAAAAAGUUAUUGUUGAUGAUGUCAGAUGCAGAGAAAAUGCAGGAAAGGCUUAUCGGAGACGAGUCUUCUGAAAUUCUGCAGGUCGUUCAGCAAACUCAGAGAGCUUUAACGAAAGAAAUCAGCAGCGGUAGUUGUGAAGGAUCAAUUACAUGUUCGUUUGGGUUUCCACCAUUUGAGCCUGUAUCAAUUGAAGACAUUGUUUCGAAUUUCGUUGUCAACAAAAGCGGUGGGAAACAAAAGGAACUGGAAAAUAUUGUAGAAACAGCAUCAAAUUUUUACGUGCAUUUAUUUCGAUAUCGUAUUAAUGAGAAUCUGGAAGAUUUGACAGCAGAAGAAACAGUGUCCUGUCCAAAUCUGUUAUCUUAUCGUAUCAUCUAUGCAAGGUGGUUGCGGUUCUGUUCCUUGCCCAAGAAGCACGGAUCUCUUCGACUAUAUUGUGUUAUUAAGAUCUUUGGUCGCAAAUUUCUAAUCACUUUGCUUCCAUUUUUUAUAAGUGACGUGAAAGAGCGUGCUAAUUUUUUCAAAGAUCAGGUCAUCGGAAAACUAAUUGAUUUUGCAUCUGACUUAAGAAAAAAUUUGAGUUGCAAUGACUCGCUGACGGAUUCAUCUAUAUUACUUACUUUUCCUGAGGGAGUUUCUCGCCCCACUCUCAAACGAGGAUGUUCCGUUUGGGUUGUCGAGCCUCAUCUAGACAUAACUGCAAAUUUUUUUGGAACAGAAUCUGAACAAUCAAAUUCAAGUAUGCAACUUGAAAUAGGACGUGAGGUUGAUGAGUCUUUGAUGGUACGAUUAAUUGCUCGUAUGGAAUUGACAUAUAGGACAUCGAAACCUCUGGUGCAUAGAAUGGAUGCUUUUGAAGUAGACGUUGCUAGGAGUGAAGUAUCGCGAUUGGAGGAAUGUAAUGGUAUCAUUUCUUUUCAUGUAAUUUCAAAUAAUUUCGACACGGAUCAGAGCCGUCAAAAGCUGGCAUGGUUAUUGCAGCUGCAAUGUUUGUUUAGUACACAACUGCCUCGCAUGCCUAAAGAGUAUAUCACGAGGCUUGUUUUCGAUAAUCGUCACAAAAAUUUGGUCAUCGUCAAAAAAGGGCGAGGUGUAAUUGGAGGUAUUUGCUUUAGGCAAUUUCCAGCACAAGGGUUUAUCGAAAUCGUAUUUUGCGCUGUAACUGCAAAUGAACAGGUAAAAGGUUAUGGUACUCGUUUGAUGAAUCAUUUGAAAGAUUAUCAUGUGGAAGCUUGUCAUAUAUAUCACUUCUUGACAUAUGCAGAUGAAUUUGCUGUUGGUUACUUCAAAAAACAAGGCUUUUCCGAAAAAAUAGCAAUGGACAAAAAGCAGUAUCAUGGUUACAUCAAAGACUAUGAAGGGGCAACGUUAAUGGGCUGCCAAUUACAUCCAUGGAUAGUUUAUACAAACUUUGCGGUAUGUUUGAAACGCCUUCACGAUGUUUAUCGAAAUGCCGUGAAAGAAAGUUUUUUCGAGGAAGAGAAAAAAUGUCCAGGAGUUGAAAACGUCUUCCAGUGGCAUGAAGGAUCGUUAGUUCCAUAUGCCGAGUUGCCUGGGUUAGAACAAUGUAAAGAUGAGUCAGUGCCACAUGAAGAACUUCAGCACAAAAUUCGAAGCAUACUUCAUAAAUUGCGGGCUGAUAAAUCGUCAUGGCCAUUUCUAAAACCAGUAAAUGCGGAGGAAGUUCCGGAAUACUAUGGUUACAUUAAAUUUCCUACUGAUUUGAAAACAAUAAAUGAGCGCUGUAGAGCGAAGUAUUAUGUGCAUGAAAGACUGUUUGUUGCCGAUCUUCGACGGUUAUUUAACAACUGUUUCAAAUUCAAUGCACCUAAAACUUUGUAUUAUAAAGCAGGAUAUGAUUUGGCAGAGACUGCCCGAAAGCUAUGUCAAAAAGCAUUCCCAUAUUUGGACAUAUAUCCAGAACUUCCUGAUGCAAAACCCGAACUGUAGAGCUGUUAUUAUUCAUUUGUUUUCUGUUUUGCACAACGAUAUUCUUUGUUAUGUUCCGAAUUUUUUAUAUUCUACUUCGCUUGUUAUAAUAUCACCA